AGAAAGCGGCUUAAACAGAGUACUCUGAUCCUAGAAGAGUGGGAAAAAGAGACACUGAUGUGAAGAGUGUUAUAUUAUUAUGUUGAGGGCUGUGUUAGGUCGCAUUUGCUCUUGCCGGAUAAUCACAUCCCAACAGACUCAACGCUUGCACCAUCUUCAUCGCACCACAACCAAAUCAUUUUUCGAAUAUAUUCAUUCAAUAGGUCUCAUGGAGAGUAAUGGGAACAUGGUAAAGCAUGUCGAGAAACAAACCACUCGAGUUUUGUUUUGUGGACCCCAUUUCCCUGCUUCUCAUGAAUAUACAGCAGAGUAUUUGCAAAAUCAUCCCAAUAUCAAGGUUGAUGUUCUCUCUUUUGAAGAUGUGCGCAAGGAUAUUGCCAACUAUAAUGUCUGCAUAGUAAAAAGCAUGAGGCUAGAUUCUGAUAUAAUUUCUCGUGCCGUUCAGAUGCAGCUGAUAAUGCAGUAUGGUGUUGGGCUGGAAGGUGUUGAUAUUGAUGCUGCAACAAAGCAUGGAAUCAAAGUUGCUAGGAUCCCAAGUGAUGUUACAGGAAAUUCAGCUUCAUGUGCUGAAAUGGCCAUAUAUCUAAUGCUAGGUCUCCUCCGAAAGCAAAAUGAACUGCAAGUUUCCAUACAACAGAAGAAGCUUGGAGAGCCAGUUACUGAAACUUUAUUCGGUAAAACUAUAUUCAUUUUGGGCUUUGGGAACAUUGGAAUGGAUUUAGCAAAGCGUUUACUGCCAUUUGGUGUACAAGUUAUGGCUACAAAGCGUAGCUGGGCUUCAUAUGCACAAGACGCAAGCAAAUUAAGCAGAAAUGAUGAACGUGAUCUUGUUGAUGUGAAGGGUAGUCAUGAAGAUAUAUAUGACUUUGCUAGCAAGGCUGACAUUGUUGUUUGCUGCCUAAGAUUAAACAAUGAAACGGCUGGUAUUAUAAACAACAAGUUCAUAUCUUCUAUGAAAAAGGGUGCGCUUCUGGUAAAUAUUGCUAGAGGUGGUCUUGUGGACUAUGAGGCAGUGAUAAACAACCUUGAAUCAGGUCACUUAGGAGGGUUAGGCACUGAUGUUGCUUGGACUGAGCCGUUUAACCCUGAUGACCAGAUAUUUAAAAUUAAGAAUGUUAUCAUCACUCCUCAUGUUGCAGGCGUCACAGAACAUUCUUAUAGAUCCAUGGCUAAGGCUGUUGGUGAAGUUGUUCUUCAGCUUCAUGCCGGGCUUCCUUUGACAGGGAUAGAGUUAGUUAAUUGAUUUACGACAAACAAAUCAUUUCAUUAUCGUCCACUUCCUGAAUUUUAUGAUAUAAGAAGAAUUAUGAGGUGCCAAAACACUGCAUUUUGAAAUGAAAAUUGAGAUCAGGCUAUAAUGUGUUGUGCGUUUGUUGUUCUAUCGUUGGGGAGAACCAAUUGUUCUUUAGUAGUGGGUUUUGGAAACCAAACAAAGUGAUACUUUGUUGUCAAAGUUAUAUGAAUGGUUUAUUUGCAUUUUCA